GAGCGCUCAGUUAGCCCGGCGCCCGCUCCAUAGGAACGAGCCGGUCCGACAGGACCCAGCCCCGCGCCUCCCCGGCACCGUCCGCGCGCCCCUCGCCAUGCCCGCAGGAUGCGGAGCCCAGGCGCGUGUGUCCGGAGUGGGAGACGGGACCUGCCACCUGCUCGGCUGAGGGCGCGGCCGCCUCUGCGUGCAGCGCCUUAGAACACCUCGGUGGCAGCGGCGGGGGGAUGAGGACGUAAGCAGGCUAACUAUAGCCUCUCCCCGGAGCGAGGGACGGGCUGCAACCUGCUCGGAAGCCGGGCUGCGUAAUUCCCAGCGCUGCCCACCGUGCAGAGGGCGCGCUCGCUGGGCAUCGCCACAGGUGACUUGAAUUUUUCCGCUGCAGCUGCCUUGCCAAGACACGCCACUGCCACUGAUCGUUGUUUUGCACCUUGCUGGGGGUGGGUGGGGAUAGCCGUGAUAAUAAUAGUAAAGGGACCUAGCUGUGCCUGCGAGAUCCGAGGACAUGGCUCGGCGCCUGCUUCUCUCUCUCCUGCUCUUUGCCCAACUGGGGGUCGGGGCUGGAUCCAGCCAAGGGCGGACGGUGCACCACAAAGAGAAAGCAAUCACAGGGAAACAGCCUAUUUACAACAACAUCAAGAGCCCGGAUCCUCCCCCGGCUCCCUGGAGCAGAUCUACCGAGAGCACCAUCUUGGCGCAGAGGCUCACCGAAGAGGUGCCCCAAAACGUGGCCUCCUUCCUCUACACGGGGGACUCCCAGGAACUGGGGCGCGCCAACUGCUCUCGGAGGUACGAACUGGCCAGCCUGGCUGGGAAGGCUCGCCUCACCGCUCACCCAUCUUUGCACGGUGCCCUGGACACGCUCCUCCACGCUACCAACUUCUUGAGCAUGAUCCUCCAGAGCAAUAAAUCCCGGGAGCAGAACUUGCAGGAGGACAUGGGGUGGUACCAAGCCUUGAUAAGGAGUCUCCUGGAAGGGAACCCUAACAUAUCCAGAGCAGCUAUUACUUUCAAUGUAGAGCCCUUGUCCUCUGCUCCCCAGGUUUUCCUCCAGGCCAGCCGGCAGGAGACCCAGAUCCUCCUGCAGGAUUUGUCCUCCACAGCUCACCAUUUAGCCAAUGCCUCGAUCGAAACCGAGUGGUUCCACAGCUUGAAGCGCAAGUGGAGGCCACAUCUGCACAGGAAGGUUUUAACCCCGGGCCCUAAAACUUUGGAGAGCAGCUGGAAGAAGAAGUACAGCCACACGGCAGAUAAGAACCACAUCAAAUGGUCCUCGCCCUACCUGGAGUGUGAGAAUGGGAAUUACAAACCUGGAUGGCUAGUGACUCUGUCAGCAGCUUUUUAUGGGCUGCAGCCAAACCUUCUCCCCGAAUUCAGAGGUGUUGUCAAAGUUGACAUAAAUCUGCAGAAGGUGGACAUUGACCAAUGUUCUAGUGAGGGAUGGUUUUCAGGAACUCACAAAUGCCAUCUCAACAAUUCUGAGUGCAUGCCAAUUAAAGGCCUUGGAUUUGUUCUUGGAGCCUACAAAUGCAUUUGCAAGGCUGGAUUCUAUCAUCCCAACAUCUUUUCAGUGAACAGCUUUCAGAGAAAAGAUACAGAUAAUCACUUCUCUGGAGGCAAGAUGUCUGAGGAAGUCUACACCUGCCUACCCUGCAGGGAAGGAUGUUCUUACUGUACAGAUGAUACUCCCUGCUAUGCACAGGAGGACAAGUAUUUACGGCUUGCUAUCAUCUCAUUCCAAACACUCUGUAUGCUGUUGGACUUCAUAAGCAUGCUGGUAGUCUACCAUUUUCGCAAGGCAAAGAGCAUCAGGGCUUCAGGCCUGGUUCUUUUGGAAACAAUCCUUUUUGGAUCACUCCUCCUGUACUUCCCGGUUAUCAUUUUGUAUUUUGAGCCAAGCAUAUUUCGCUGUGUUCUCCUAAGAUGGGUUCGUCUUCUGGGCUUUACUACUGUUUAUGGAACUGUGACACUCAAGCUCCACAGAGUUUUGAAGGUAUUCCUGUCCCAAACUGCUCAACGUAUUCCAUACAUGACAGGUGGCCGAGUGAUGAGGAUGCUGGCUGUAAUUCUCCUGAUAGUCUUUUGGUUCCUAAUCGGCUGGACUUCUGCAGUCUGCCAAAACUUGGAGAGAAAUAUUUCACCCAUUGGCCAGGGGCAAACAUCAGACCACCUGAUCUUCAAUAUGUGCCUCCUAGACCGCUGGGAUUACAUGAUGGCUAUUGCUGAAUUUUUAUUCCUCUUGUGGGGUGUUUAUCUCUGCUAUGCAGUGCGGACAGUCCCAUCAGCAUUUCAUGAGCCACGUUAUAUGACUGUUGCAGUUCACAAUGAGCUCAUUAUCUCUGCUAUAUUCCAUACAAUUAGAUUUAGUCUUGCCUCAAGACUUCAGUCCGAUUGGAUGCUGAUGUUGUUCUUUGCACACACGCACUUGACUCUGACAGUUACCAUUGGGUUACUUCUGAUACCUAAGUUUUCACACUCAAGCAAUAACCCAAGAGAUGACAUAGCUACUGAAGCAUAUGAAGAUGAACUUGACAUGGGACGAUCUGGGUCCUAUCUAAACAGCAGUAUCAAUUCAGCUUGGAGUGAGCAUAGUUUGGACCCUGAGGACAUCAGGGAUGAGUUGAAGAAACUAUAUGCCCAGCUUGAAAUCUACAAAAGGAAAAAGAUGAUUGCUAAUAACCCACAUCUCCAGAAAAAGAGGUGUUCCAAGAAGGGCUUGGGUCGUUCAAUAAUGAGACGAAUUACUGAAAUCCCUGAGACAGUCACCAGGCAGUGUUCCAAGGAGGACAAGGACCUUAUGGACCACAGUGCUACAAAGAACACUGCAGUUGUGAGAAAAAACCCACAGGAUUCCACAAGUUAUGUAAAGCCAAAGGAGGAGUCUUUGAAAAAUAGAGUCUUUUCAUUAAAAAAGUCCCAUAGCACUUAUGAUCAUGUUAGAGAUCAAACAGAAGAGUCUAAUAACUUAACCACAGAAAGCGCAGAAGUUAUAACUGCUGAUAAUUCACUGCUGGAUUCCUUGACAGGGAAAAAAUUAACAAAAAAAUCUACAGAAAAAGUUGAAGCUGUGUCCACUGAAUCUGUCCCUUUAGUGUGCAAAUCACUAAGUGCACACAACUUAAGUGCGGAUAAGAAGCCUCUGCAUCCAAGAACAUCAGUGUUACAAAAAUCUCUCAGUGUUAUUGCUAGUGCCAAGGAAAAGACUCUGGGGUUAACUGGGAAAACGCAAAGUCUAGAGGAAAGCAAUAGAUCCCAUAAACCUCAGCAAAAGGGUAAAGAGGCCAGCAAAAAACACUCAGGCAGCGAUAAAGGGGAGCAUAAAGAGUCACAUCGGAAAAACUCUACUCACACUGAGGAGACAAGGAAACCCCAUAAAUCUGGAAUUAUGAAACAACAAAGGGUUAGUCAGACAGUUGCAAAUCCUGACACAGGCACAGGCAAGUCCCUGCUUAAGGACAGUUUUGACAUAGCAGAAAUUUGUCCUUGGGAGAUUUAUGACCAAACUCCUGAUUCUGUGCCUUCUGAAUCGAAAGUUCAAAAACAUGUGUCUAUUGCUUCCUCAGAAACAGAGAAAAAUCACACUUCCCAGCCAAAGGGGAAAUCUCAUCACAAGCUUAAGACAGCUGAAGGGUAUCAGCAAUCAAAUCAAAAGAGCACAGAGAAGUCAGAAGCAUGCACUCGGGAGACCCAAGCGCAGCAGAUUUUUGAAGAUGAGAAAAAACAUUUAAAUUCCAAAUCUCAGGUCAUCCCUGGGUUUAAGUGUGAGAAUGUUAAUAAAUAUUAUGCAGCAAAUAUUUGUGGUGGGGAAUCUGAGGAACUGCCAAAAAAAGCUGCAAUGCAAACAGCUGAAAGGGAAAAGCUCAAUAAUUUGGGAGAAAAGAAAAAAACCACAGCCUUGGAGGGAAACAUGCUUUCCUCUGACUCCUAUAGAUCAAGUAGUAACUUACAGCAAGCUUUAACAUCUCGAGCUGAAGUCUGUCCAUGGGAGUUUGAAACACCAGAUUUACCAAAUGCAGAAAGAGGUGUAGCUUUAUCGAACACAGCCGCUUUAGGUGCAAAUAAAACAGCAAUGCCUCAAAAAUAAGAGGUUUUGGACUGAAAAGAGUAGCAGCACUAAGAAGAAAGACUACAGGAAGGAGGAAAGUGAGAGGGGGAGUAGGCCAAGAGGAUCUGAAAAUUCCUAAGGCGUAUCACUUAACUGAGGGGAUCAGAACAUGAAAAAAGUAGGAAAUAAGCAAAAUAAAUUAUUAUUGUUGUUGUUAUUUAUUUGUUGAGUGCCAACAGUGUGAUCUGUGGUAUCCAAACCAUGGAGGGGACAUGGCCCCUGUGCUGAGGAGUUUACAAUCUAAAUGAACAGAUGCCUGCCUUUGCAAAACCAUUUCUCUCUUACAAACAGAAAAAAAAAAGUGAAUGGCUAUAACAAUCAAACAAAUUCCGACUGAAUUAUUCCUGAAUGCCCCAAACUGGGCGAAACUUGCCCUUGGAACUUUAAAGAUCCAAUAGAAGUAUGGGAUGGAAAAUGUCUUGAUGGCAAAAUUUGGUAUCAAUGAGCAGCUUACUGAAAAGAUGACUUUUCACUUUACAUAUUUAACCUUGAUAGCACUGCUAACUUAAUGCAUCCCAAAAAUACAUUUUAUAUAAUGAUUGCUCUCAUUUUCUUAUACAUGUAUGUUUAAGUACAUUGUUGUGUCUCAUAUUAAAGCAUUCCAGAUUGUAUACAUUUUGCAAAUAACUUUGAUAUUAUGUGACACAACAACACAUUUAUGCAAUCUGCAGAUACUCUAUUGUUAUUGCAAUUUACAAUACCUGCUAUAGACUUUUGUUUAUUUAUGAAUUACAGUAAGCUUUCACUGGCUAUGAAAGCCAUAACUUGUAUGGGAAAUUACCUUGGGUUUUGUUGUGAUUUAUAUUGUGAAUUUUCUGUUCUACUGUCUAUUAUUUAAAAUUAUAGUUUGAUACUGUAUUAUUCAGGGUUUUUAUACAAGGUAAGUUAUUUGUUUGGCACUUCUCUGUUAGCACUCAUAGACUUUAUUAGUGGAGAGCAAGUCGUCUAUUUAGCUGUGUAUUUGGAUAAGUCCAAGGACAACUUAUCUGUUGUUUGUUACAAGUUUGACAAAUAUCAUUUAUCAUUCCAGAAUUCCUGCUUUAAUCAUCCAUCAUCAGUCUAUUUCUCAGUAUUUCAUACUGAGCAUAUUCUGCUGAAGAAAAAGAACAAAGAUGACAAAAAAUAACCUUAGGAAUAUGAUCUGUUUCACUAGAAACACACAAAUAAGGGAAAUAUUUUAGACAGUUUAGAGCUGCCAUGUUUCCUGCUGGUGAACUUUCAAGAACUGGCCCUUUAAACGUCAAAAAGAGAGGAGAUUAGCCCUAACACAACACUUUUCCUCCAAAAUGCAAUCAAGAGACAGAAAGAGAAGAAAAAGACGGGGCAUUGCACUUCUCCCCACUCCCAAAACUCGCCCCUCCCCUCAAUGUUUUUAUGUUACAUGUGUAUAACAUUUGUAAUAACGUAUAAUAUGUUAGAUACAAUUAAUUCCCAGUGAUAACUAAGGCCCUGAUCUGGCAAAGACUCACACGUGUUUAAUUUUAUACACUCUGAGUAACCAGUUGAAGUCAAUGGGAUUUACACAUGAAUAAAUCAGGGCGUAAGAAGUAUUGUAGAGGCUACAAGGACUAAUAAAUAAAUAAAGUACUAGCAGACCAGGUGCGACCUUCGCUCAUCUAAAUCUAGGAAUUGCCAUGUAGCCAGCUUUGUGCUUGGAGAUGUGCAAUAUCCCAAAAUAAAGGCAAUUCCAGUCCUCUUGAAGAGUUUCCAGUUUGAGAGAGAUGAUGGGAUUCACUGGGAAAGCCAGAAGUGCGGAUAACUUAAUGCUGUGUUGUUUAAUAUAUGUGUGUGCGUAAUAUGUAUGUAUAUUAUAUAUACAUAAUAGAUAUAUUUAAUGCAUAUGUAGAUACACAUAUGUAAUAUAAUCUGAUUUCUCAUGGGCCUCAUAGAAGUGGGUUCAUAAGAGACUUGGGCAAAGUGAAACGAGGAGGGCAUUCCUCUCCUUUUCAGAGGUGUAGGCAAAGGCAGCCAAUCCUGUUGGGUUGAGCUGUAAAAAGGGAGAGUGAGAGACUUGGUCUUGCCUCCAGCACUGUGCCCGUGGAGAAGAGUUAUAAUUAUAGUGCACACGCACAGAUUCUCUCUGUCCUCUCCAUCCCACAAACGUUAUCUAGGACCUGAGCCGAAGCUCAUUGAAGUCAAUGGGAGUCUAUUGACUUCAGUGGGAUUAGGAUCAGGCCCCUGGUUAGCAAGCCCAAAGUCCUCUGGAUGAUAUGUGGGCUUCAUUCUGCCAUUGCAUAGAUCUCAGGGUGCUACCAAGCAGACAGAGCCUUCCAGGAGCAUGCUGAUGGCCCUCUGGAGAGGCACACAGUAUAAAUCCCAUCCAUGUGCAGGGAUCUGCCUGUGCAGCAGAAGACAGCCACUGUUGAGAGGCACAUGGGUCUUCAGACAUGCCCCUUUCUCCAGCAGUGCUGUGUGUUUGGGGCCAUGAUGCUUGUGGUGCAGCUUGGUCCCUGUCUGCAUGAUGACACCCACACUUGCAGCUGGCAUGCAGAGGGCAAUGGGGUGGGGGUAUCUUCUGCAUCCACCCACCGCCUUCUAAAUCUCAUGUCCACAGGGGUGUGAUGCCAUGCUUUGAUUUCGCUAGUCACCAUGCCCCUUCGGCCCUCUGUGCACUCCUGUCAUGUGGCAUGUGAAUGGACUGCUUCUGCUACGUGGCAGUCAUGUGUGGGUAGCUUUCCAAACCAGGCCUGCUGGGGAUCCACAUGUGAGCCGUGCCCUGGUGCUACCCGUUGCACCACAGGCAGGAUCAAUUCCUAUGUGUGUUACUGUAUUUGUACCACCACUGAUCCCUCUGCUGAUUGCUUUUCCUUAGGAUAACUUGAAUGGGAAAAUUCAUUAGCAGCAAAGAAAUAGGGCCAGAUCCUUAACAGGUGUAUAUUGACAUCUCUCCAUUGAAGUCAAUGGCAUAACAGUGACUUAUAUCAGCCAAGGAUCUGACCCAGAAUGGAUAUUUUAGUUUUAUGUUUGUUUUCUGAUGCACAGAAUGUUUCCCUCUUUUUAAAUAUUAUCCAUAUGGAUUUUAGGCUUGCUCAAGUCAUGUACUUUAAGCCUAGUGAAAUAGGCGAACUUUUUUUAGAAGCAAUUACACUCAUUAUGGAAUGAUUUCCCUGGCACAUACAGUAACUGAUAUUUGGGUUUCAGCUCUGUUAGUACUUUAGAUUGUUUUAACACUUUAGAAAACAAAGGGGCCAAACUUCACUGAAUUGUUGUAUUUCACUAUGGUCCUGCUUGAAAUGUUGCUUAAAGAAGGCAUACUAAGUUAUACCUAAAUGAUUUUCUAUAUUCCAUAGAUUUUUCUCCACCAGCAUAUAUUAGCUAGAUUGCAUAGUUGUCUUUUUCUGGAGUUCCAUUGUCAUUAUUCAGCCAAGAGAAAUGCAACUCUAGAAUUAAGAUGUUUUCUAGCAGAUUUGUUAAGAAGAUAGAUGAUAAUCGCUCAGGUCACAAACAUUUGCUAGGUUGUCCUUUUCAAAUGCAUGUGUAAGCUGUAUCUCUCCUUUGUUUCUAAACUAUGGUUCAUAAAUAAUUAGAUUUAUACCAAUCUUAAUAGACUUGUAUAUUUUAUGCAAGAAUUAUAUGCUUAAAAUACAAAUAAUUACUCACCCAUCAGCUUUGGUGGCGUUAUGGAUCUGAAAACAGACAGCACUUUUAUAUUUUCUCUCCUUUGGCUUUUGCAUGCAUUCGAUGACUGGCCCGCCUGAGAAAACACUGCCUUUUCACUUUUAACAUUUUAGCUCCUCAGAGUUGUAGAGUAAAUAAAGCUGUAAGUCUAUUCACUUUAUUCAGUAGUUCUUAUAAGAAUAUUAUCUGGCAACCUACAGUAUCCACCAUGAAAUAUUUGAUAGAUUUAUGUUGUAAUGUGUCACAGCAUGUAAAUAAUGUAACUUCUCUGCAAUAAAGCACAUUUAUAUGAAAA